AUGGUCUUGCAGCAGUCCCAGGGCACCUUCGGCUUGGUCAUCAUAUUCCAGUACGCAAUCGUAGUCAGCUGCGCCCUCAUCUUCCGACAUCUCGGCAUGAUGCUCACCGUUUAUUACCAAAUCAUCAGUUUUGAGAACCAUUUUGACGAGGCCCUCGGCCCAUUCCCCAUCAUCGCGCGAGCCGCGACCAAAGGGUGUCACCAGGUGAACGGCCGAUCACAACAGCCCGUCCACUGCCAGGAACAUAGCUCGCAAGGGGGCAGCUCAUCGGGGCCCCUUGAAGAGACCUUGGCCGCUAAGCAGGCUCAGCUCCGGCUCGAAGUUCCAGGCUCGCCAGGAGGAUCGAACGGUCGAUCACAACAACACGUGGACGCCCAGUUGGACGCAACGUGCACAUUCGGAGAGCUGCUCGACGCCAGCCGACGAGUCGCUGCCGGUCUGCGUAGGCUCGGGCUACGCGCAGGGGACGUGGUCGCAUUCCAUGGCCCAAAUAGUCUCGAGCUGGUGUUCGCCAUGUGCGGGACGUUUUUCGCCGGUGGCAUUGGAUUGCUCAGCAAGCGCAGCCUUACCAGAGAGAACGAUACGUGUUCGAACCCGAGUCCAGACACGACACUGCUCAUUGCAUACUCGAGUGGCACGACGGGAUUGCCAAAAGGCGUGCAGCUGACUCACCGGAACCUCAUAGCCCAAGUGGUGGACUUUGACACAAGGGAAACCCUAGGGCCGAACCAGCAAGGGGAAGUAUGUGUGAAAAGUCCUGCUGCCUUUAAAGCCUAUUUGAAUCAACCGAAAUUGACAGCUGAUGCCUACGAAGACGGCUUCGUCCGCACAGGCGACAGGGGCUACUACACGGCCGACGGCUGCUUGUUCUUGAGCGGUCGGUUCAAGGAACUCAUAAAGUGCAUGGACCAGCAGGUACCUCCAGCCGAGUUGGAAGAGCUACUGGCUGCCGACCCAGCGGUCAAGCAUGUGAUUGUGGUUGGGAUUCCGCACCCACAGUACGGAGAGGCUGCCCGCGCAUUUGUUGUGCAUCGGUGCCGCCCUGCGGAUCCGCUCGAAGAACAGCGGGAAGCGGAAAGGUUGAAGCAACUGGUCGCCGGUCGACUGGCCCAUCACAAGCAUCUGCACGGUGGCCUUGAAUUCCUGGACAGCAUCCCACAGAAUAAUAACGGAAAAUAUUUACGCAACUCUGUUAAGAUGGCCUACAUUGAGCGUUGCCAAAGCGGCAAAAACAGCGGAAUUUGACGGACGAACCAGGAAAAUUGAUUUCACUUAUCUGUUAAAUA